UGAUUCGGCUUUUCUUUUAGCAGGUGGCAGCCACGGCGCAACUCCCAAUGGUCUCGCUAUGCCCAGUUACACAGAAGCUCCCAGGCCACUCCAGCGCAGCAGGCUGCCCAGCCAGAGGCCAGUUGAGCAAGACCCCGGGAAGCUCAGUUCAGAAAGCAAGGCCGAGCCAUGUGCAGAGGUGGAUGUAGGCAGGCUGGUGUCCAGGCUGCAGGACAAGGGGACUAAGUUUGCCAGCAAAGCUGCCAAUGGCCUCGCGCCUGGCACUGCCUCUCUGAAGGGGUCCUCUGGCCACAUGAAGAGGCCUGCUCCAAGACCCGGGGUUUGCGGCAAGGAGGCCUUAGGGGAUUCUGACGGCUUCGCUCGAGUGCGCUCUCCCGGAGAGAAACCAACCAUCACGCGUCCUCCAGUGAGACCCCCAGACCCUCCCUGCAAAGCCCCCGUGACCCAGAAGUUGGAGACAAAGCCAGAGCUUUUGACCAGUGGGCCAGGAGAAGCUCUUCCCUCUGUGUGAGUAGCAAGCCAGUGUCAGGCCUGGGUUUCAGAGGCCAGAGGCGGGGAGGGGGGAAUGGGGAGGCAGAGAUCAUGCACUCCAGACUGCAGUGGAAGAUCUCUUUAGAAGAUCUUGCUCUAAAAAGCCCCCUUCCUGUGCAUGAUGCUGAUUUUGUAUGUGUGGGCAUCCAGUUUUUAAGCAAAAGGACAUCCACAGCUGAGAUCUCACCUGCAGUCUCCAAGGAGGGCAUUACCAGGCCUCAACUCCUUCUCCUGCAUGUGUGAACCAAGCCUAAGUCAAAGUGGAGGAACGAUUUGGGGGAUCUGCUCCUGUGCAGCUAGCAGGACCUGAAGAGGCUGCUGGAGGGCUGGGCAAAGCUGCAGGGGUGGAGCAGGGGCAUCAGGUUAGGUAGCAGCCUGCAGGUGGAAUUAUACCUGGUCUCUAGGUGAGAGAGCAUUUCUCCUGGAGGAUAUGCUUGCUUCAGAGGGUGGGCUCAAUGGCAUUAUGCCACAUUGAGAUCCCUCCCAUGUCCAAACCCUGCUCUGCCCAGAUUCCUCAAAUCUCCUGGAAUUCUCAGCCCAGCGUUGGCAGCCCUGGACUUCAGCAGACUUCUGUCAGAUGUAUGGAAAGACCGAGGAGCACAACAGAGCACAAAGGAGCUGAAACUUUCUAGGAAGCCUUUCUAGUAUCUGCUCCUGUUUCCUCCCCCCUAUUCUCAUCUACAAAGCUUGUAAAAGAACACAGCCCUCCUGUCACCACAUACCAGGAAGUGCUGGAACUAUUUGGGUGCGUCCCAAGUAGAAUUACGAGCCUGAAUUGUGCUGGGCUUCUGGCUCCUGUCCUUCACUCCUUCGGGUGAAAAUCCCUUGUAUGAGUGACAGCUAGAAAUGAAAUAAUCCCUGCCCUGCCCACUCACAGGGCUUUGUGGGUUUAGCAGCCAAGAAAUGACUCCUUGCAGCUAGUGCUGCUGUCAUGUGACCACAGAGCUCAAAGGCCUGGCAGGCGCGGCAUCAUCUCACUCGCCAUUUCUCAAAAGUAGCAGCGGACAGCAGAGGGUCAAAGGCAGCUCCUGACAUUUCCUCUCCUGA